AACCUUUGUCUUGGAGGAAACCGGAAGUCUCGUUGUUCCCCUGUGAUCUAUCUCGUGCUGGCGGUAGAAUAGCUGUGUAGUCUGUUAGCUGCUGAUCUUAUUGGACCGUUUUAGGAGACAGAGCUCGAGGUAAAGCCACACACACACUCAGUUGUGUGUGGAUGUGAGGAGAACGAGAGGAGACAGCAGCUCCUGAAUAUCUCUGCAUGCUUUGAUUUGUACUGAACAGAAUCCAGAGUGAGUCCAGCAGCCCCAGUGGAGAUCUGAGAGGAAUGGAGGAGGACAACCAGAACCAGGAGCAGCGGAGCAACCAGGUCCCCAGGAGACCAGCAGCAGACUGGGACUCUGAUACCAAUGAGGUCCCCAGGAGACCAGCAGCAGACUCGGACUCUGAUAGCAGCGAUGUUCAGGACAAGAGAGGAAUGGAGGAGGACAACCAGAACCAGGAGCAGCGGAGCAACAAGGUCCCCAGGAGACCAGCAGCAGACUGGGACUCUGAUACCAAUGAGGUCCCCAGGAGACCAGCAGCAGACUCGGACUCUGAUAGCAGCGAUGUUCAGGUCAAUCUGAGAGGAAUGGAGGACAACCAGAACCAGGAGCAGCGGAGCAACAAGGUCCCCAGGAGAUCAGCAGCAGACUGGGACUCUGAUACCAACGAGGUCCCCAGAAGACCAGCAGCAGAAUGGGACUCUGAUACCAACGAGGUCCCCAGGAGACCAGCAGCAGACUGGGACUCUGAUACCAACGAGGUCCCCAGGAGACCAGCAGCAGACUGGGACUCUGAUACCAACGAGGUCCCCAGGAGACCAGCAGCAGACUGGGACUCUGAUACCAACAAGGUCCCCAGGAGACCAGCAGCAGACUGGGACUCUGAUACCAACAAGGUCCCCAGGAGACCAGCAGCAGACUGGGACUCUGAUACCAACAAGGUCCCCAGGAGACCAGCAGCAGACUGGGAUUCUGAUACCAACGAGGUCCCCAGGAGACCAGCAGCAGACUGGGACUCUGAUACCAACGAGGUCCCCGAGAGACCAGCAGCAGACUGGGACUCUGAUACCAACGAGGUCCCCAGGAGACCAGCAGCAGACUCUGACUCUGAUACCAGCCAUGUUCAGAAACGGAGAGGAAGAAAGGGACCCAAACGUCACAGCUGUCAACACUGUCACAAAUCCUUCACAUUAUCUGCAUAUUUAAAGAUUCAUCAGAGAGUUCAUACUGGAGAAAAGCCGUACAGCUGUGAUCAAUGUGGGAAAACGUUUUCUGAGAGUGGCAACCUUAAAAGACAUCAGCGCAUUCACACUGGAGACAAGCCUUACAGCUGUGAUCAAUGUGGGGCAGCUUUCAUACAACAGAGUACCCUAAAAAGACAUCAACGCAUUCAUACUGGAGACAAGCCGUACAGCUGUGAUCAAUGUGGGGCAGCUUUUGCACGAACGGGUCACCUGAAAAACCAUCAACGCAUUCACACUGAAGAAAAGCCGUACAGCUGUGAUCAAUGUGGGAAAACAUUUUCUCAGAGUGGCCACCUUAAAAGUCACCAUCGCAUUCACACUGAAGAAAAGCCGUACAGCUGUGAUCUAUGUGGGAAGACUUUUUCUCAGAGUAAUAGCUUUAAAAGACACCGGCGCAUUCACACUGGAGAGAAGCCGUACUGGUGUGAACAAUGUGGUAAAACUUUUUCUCAUAGUAGUAACCUUAAAUGUCACCAGCUCAUUCACACUGGGGAAAAGCCAUACGGGUGUGGUCAAUGUGGGGAAACGUUUUCUAAUAGUAGUAGCCUUAAAUCUCACCAGCGCAUCCACACUGGAGAGAAGCCGUACGGGUGUGGUCAAUGUGGGGAAACGUUUUCUAUUAGUAGUAGCCUUAAAUCUCACCAGCGCAUUCACACUGGAGAGAAGCCGUACGGGUGUGGUCAAUGUGGGGAAACGUUUUCUAAUAGUAGUAGCCUUAAAUCUCACCAGCGCAUCCACACUGGAGAGAAGCCGUACGGGUGUGAACAAUGUGGGGCAGCUUUUUCUCAUAGAAAUAGCUUUAAAAGACACCAGCGCAUUCACACUGGAGAGAAGCCGUACAGCUGCGAACAAUGUGGUAAAAUGUUUUCUGAGAGUAGUAACCUCAAAUCUCACCAGCGCAUUCACACUGGAGAAAAGCCGUACUGGUGUGAACAAUGUGGGGCAGCUUUUUCUGAUAGUGGUCACCUUAAAAGACACCACCAGCGCAUUCACACCGGAGAGAAGCUGUACAGCUGCGAACAAUGUGGUAAAAUGUUUUCUGAGAGUAGUUAUCUUAAAUCUCACCAGCGCAUUCACACUGGAGAGAAGCCGUACUGGUGUGAACAAUGUGGUAAAAUGUUUUCUCGGAGUAGUCACCUUAAAACUCACCAGCGCAUUCACACUGCCUCGUAGUGAACAUGUUUCAGAGCCAAGCUGUUCCCUCCUGCCUCUUCCUCAUGCCCUGAUAGCCUUAUAGAUAGUUGUUAUAUUCUGAUCUCUCCACAUUGAAGGCUACGGAGCCCCGGAGGUGACAUGGAGUGGGGAAAAAAACGAAGAAAAAAAAAAGUGUGCUGGGGGCAAACCCUAAACUCGAGAUCUCAACUUUCAAACUCGAGAUUUCGAGUUUGUGACAUGGAGGGAAAAAAAAAACAAAGAAAAAGAAAAAAAUAUUAAUAGUCAAUAUGGAUAUGCUGGACUUUUGUGCUGCUUAUGGAUGUUCAAAC